UUUUGAUGCAUAAAACAAAAAAUAAAAAACAAAAAACAAAAAAUUCAAAGACCUUAAAAAGUAAAAACGAUAAAACAAAUUUACCAAGGCUCUUUUCAACAAUGAGAAAAAAGAUGACCACUAAGUGACUUGAACACUUGACUUCAAGAUUUGGAAUCUCACACUCUACCAACUGAGUUAAGCGGCCUUUUUUACGUAGCUGUGAAUUUAUGGAAAAUAGUAUCGAAAAAAAGAUCAAGUAACUUCGUAACAGAAGUCCUUCUUUGUUGCUUAACAAAAAAAAGAGAAGGAAAAGAAAGGCUUCAUGGUAAAUGUUUCUUGUGCGAUUGAAUUUAUCUUGAAACGGCCUAUGUCAACUAAAUGAAAGAGGAAUGAGAACCCACUUUGGAACCGUUGAGAACCUUUUCUAGCUUCAGCUGAAAGCUUUCGAGGAUUGCAUACCGUCCAUUCUGCCCUUUGCCCAGCUGUUUGAAAACUGUACUUGGGAUAGAAAGCUUCACGAAAAGAACAACAUGUAGCAAUCCAAGUACGAAAAAUCACAAAAUGACCUUUUUUUUUUUUUUUCUUUUUCUUUUCCUUAUAUUUUCUUCAUAUUUUCUUGGCUUCGUCUCCUUGAGGUUCGGUAUACUUCACAUUGCAAUUUUAUCGUAAGAUCAUAUUAAGAGAAAAAGAAUCAUCAGACUUUUCUUCUUGAAAUUUUCUAUGUCAUUCAUCCGAUUUGAACUUUUCUUCUAUGUUAUUUAAGAGAACAACGACCCUGUUUGCAUUCCUUGGCCUACUAUUUGCAAAAACAGCCUUCAAGAACAAAGCAAGUAUGUCAACAGUAAGCAAUAACACACAAGCAAUUGUUAUUGGCGGUGGUUUAGCUGGUCUUUCAGCUACAAAUACGAUUUUGGAAUUAGGGGGAAAUGUUUUGCUCUUAGAUAAGAAUUCUGCAUUUGGAGGAAAUAGCAUAAAAGCUGCUAGUGGGAUCAAUGCUGCUUCUACUCAACUUCAAUUUGAUCAAAACGUGUCCGACAGCGUAAAAACAUUUUACCAUGACUCCAUUCUUUCGGCCAAGUCGAAAGCCAACCCAAAAUUGCUUCACACAUUGACAAGCAAAUCCAAUAGCGCUGUUAAUUGGCUAUCAGAACGCUUCGGUCUUCAGAUGAAUGAACUUUCUCUUUUGGCUGGCCAUAGCCAACCUCGCACUCAUCGUGGAAGUCACCCGGAUUAUCCUUUCAAACCUCUAGCAUUUGUUCUUGUAGACAAAACAGAAAAAUACUCCGCUGCUCAUCCCGAUCGCCUGCAAAUAAAGAAAAAUACUCGUGUUACUCGCCUUCUAACCGACUCCUCCAACUCAUCCGUAAUUGGUGUAGAGUAUGAGGAUUUGAAUGAUAAAACCCACCGUUCCGUCUAUGGACCCGUGGUCCUUGCUACAGGAGGAUAUGCUGCUGAUUUCUCCGACGACUCCCUUUUGAAGUUGCAUCACCCUGAGGCCCUCAAACUAAGUACCACAAACGGGCCUUAUUGCACCGGUGAUGGUCAUAAGAUGGUUAGCUCAAUCGGUGGAAACACCGUAGACCUAGACCUCAUUCAAAUUCAUCCUACUGGUUGGGUUGAUCCCAAAGAUCCUUCUUCCAUGACUAAGUUUUUAGCUGCCGAGGCUCUCCGUGGCUCUGGCGCAGUUUUACUGACAGAUAAGGGAAGACGCUUUUGCAACGAACUUGGCUAUCGUGACUAUGUCACAGCUGAAAUGAUGAAACUGAAUUCUCCUGUGCAACUAGUUUUACCUGCUAAGUGCGUUCCUGAGGUUGCCAACUUUGUCAAGUUUUACAGUUUUAAGGGACUUAUGCGAGAAGUAGAUGCCGAAGAACUCUCCAAAAUCCUCAACUGCACGACCACGGAUCUCGAAAAUACAUUUUCUACGAUUAACAAAGCCUCUCGAGGCGAAAUAAAAGACUUAUUCGGAAGAGAACAGUUUGGUAAACAACCCUUCGAGCUUUCGGACAAGUUUUUUGUUGGUCAGGUUGAGCCUGUUCUGCAUUACACUAUGGGAGGUGUGCAAGCAGAUUCGCAAGCUAGAGUCUUAUCUAAAGAAGGUCACCCAAUUGAAGGAUUAUUCGCAGCGGGAGAAAUCGUUGGUGGCCUCCAUGGAGAGAAUCGAUUGGGAGGAAGCAGUUUGCUUGCUUGUGUUGUAUUUGGUCGAUUGGCUGGUCAAGGAGCUUCAAGUGAAAUGCUCACACGUCUGAUCUCUGCUGCUAAAGAGGCCUCUACUUCUAAGUAACUUUACCGAGAGUUGAGUAGUUGUUCUCUUUUAACUUAUUUUCACUUUUUAAUGUUUUGUUUUUGACUUGGGGAUAUUUUACUGCGGCUAAAAAAUAAAAUAAAGUAAAGUAAAUAAAAAAGAAAGAAAGCUGCUACCCUCCAUUCAUAUUAUCCUUAUUUAAUUGCUCAUAAAUAACGAACCCUACAUUUUGCAUUUAAUAUAAGUCACAUGUUGAACACUACAGGAAAAUAUUAUUCUACUAGUAAAAAACCAUAAAAAAGAAAAAGAAGCAAGGUCAUGUAUUCAUUAUUGAUACAUU